GCUGCCAGACUAAACGAGCCCAGCACCCACCACCCGAAAAAGUCCUAUAAAUCAACCGACGCGCCCCGUUCACAGGCACCCAUCCAAAUCUUUUCUUCCACUCCUACCAGCACGAUACGGCAAGAAAGGUUCUUGGAUUGGUGAUGGUGGCGCCCAUGGUGAUCGCGGCGGCGGGGCUCGGGAUGCUGGCGGGCGUGGCGACGGCGAACCGGACGACGGGCGACGGGCUGCCGGCGGCGUCCAGGUGGGACACACGGCCCCGUUGCUCUACGUGCCGCGGCACCGGCCGGGAGGAGUGCCUCUGCAGCCGUUGGUCCGAUGGCGACGUCGGCUGCGGGACGUGCUCCGGCUCCGGACGCAAGCGGUGCCGCAGCUGCGGAGGCUCUGGCACCGGCCGCCAGCUCCCGGCGCGACUCAUCGUCCAGCAGAAGAAGCUGCCGACCGCGCACGGGCGCCGCGGAGACGACAACUGAUGUUCAUAGGUCUCCCGGAGGGAAUCAGAAGUGCAGUUAGGCAGAACGUAACACAUCAGUGUGUAUGCAACAUGUUCAUUACUGUGGAUGUACACGUCCCUUCAAGACGUACUACUAGUUAUGCACAAAACGUGUUUAGAGCUCCUUUGAUUCACGGGAAUUUUUUAGGACUUUAGAGGAUAUAAAUCCUUAGGAAUCUUUUCAUGCGUUGCAGUUUGAUUCACAUGAUUGCAAUUCUUUGGAACUUUUCCUUUGAAUUCCAUUGCAUUCUAUUUUGGAGGAAAAUUUCCAUCCACUCAAGCCA